CCAAUGACGACCGCCGCGGUGCUCCUCGUCGUGGCCGGCGUGUGUGUGGCGGUGGGCGCGCGCCCCUGCGAGCAGCACGAGAAGUGCGUGGCCCUGGCAGUGUGCCCCUCCCUGCGCCGCCUCGCCGCCAAAGGAACCGCCCUGGACGCCGACGGCAAGGCCGCGUUGCGGGCCGCGCAGUGCGGCUGGGCCGCGGGGGACGCCGCCAUGCCGGAGGUGUGCUGCCCCUUGCUGCCGCUGGACGAGUGCGCGCUGCCGAACCCCGACAGGCUCCUCUUCAGCACCACCGUCCGCGUGUUCGAAGCCCCGUGGGUGGUUCGCCUGGCUUACCGCUCGGGGAAAGGUUCGCUGGAGUUCGGCUGCUCGGCCUCGCUGGUGACCGACCUGUACCUGGUGACGGCGGCGCACUGCGUCGUGCCUCGCACCCCCGUGUCAGCGCGCCUGGGCGAGCUGGACACCGGCACCGAGCAGGACUGCUCCGACGUCGCGCAGGACCAGCUGCUGUGCGCCGCCCCGGCGCUGGACGUGGCCGUGGACACCGUCAUCGAGCACCCCGGGCACGCCGAGCACGCGGACGGCAGGAACGACAUCGCCUUGGUGCGGCUGCGGCGCGCCGUGAGCUUCACCGACGACGUGCGCCCCGUGUGCCUGCCCGUGGACGGCGUCGUCGUCCCCCCGACCCGCGGCCACCGCUUCCUCGUGGCGCACGGCUGGGGCACGCAGGCCAACAACGGCAGCGCCGUGAUGACGAAGGGCCAGCUGGUGGCGCUGACGCUCGAGGAGUGCGCCACCAGGUUGCCGGCCGCGCGCCGCGUCGACGCCGCGCUGCAGCAGUGCACCGUCCCCAGCCACCGCUCCAACGCCUGCCGCGGCGACCCGGGCGGCCCGCUGACCGGCGCCUCGGUCCUGACGGGAAGCGACUCCCGAGCGGUGGAGUCCCUCGUGGGGGUCUUGUCGUCCGAGGCCUGCGACAUCGGCGCCAACGACGGCGUGCCCACGGUCUCCACCCGCGUGGCCCCCUUCGUGCCGUGGAUCUUGGCCAGGCUCGCGGAAAACGGCAGCGUGCACUGACGCGCAGUCGUUGCUUUUCAAUCAAUUUGCCUUUAAAAAAAAAAAAAAAAGGCUUGUUUUUCGGACAGUAUGAAUGCGUUAAAUAAUGUUUCUUCUAGUCCGGCGAUUUUGAAGUUUUAUUCUAUCUCAGAGAACAAACUGUGCACUCUCCAUCACUGCAAUAAAAUAUCGAGGCACG